AUGCGUGCUUGGUUGCUGGGCUCAGCCGGGGGCCGGCUGCUGGCGGCACUGGGAGCCGGGGUCCGGGACGCAGCGGCCAUGGCUGGGGGCAGCAUGGGGCAGAGGAUGGUCUGGGUGGAUCUGGAGAUGACCGGACUGGACAUAGAGAAGGACCAGAUCAUUGAGAUGGCUUGUCUCAUAACUGAUUCUGAUUUAAACAUUUUGGCUGAGGGUCCCAACCUGAUUAUAAACCAGCCAGAUGAGUUGCUGGAUGGCAUGUCAGAAUGGUGUAAAGAGCAUCAUGGGAAGUCUGGCCUUACUAAGGCAGUGAAAGAAAGUACAAUUUCAUUGCAGCAAGCAGAGUAUGAAUUUCUGUCCUUUGUACGACAGCAAACACCACCCGGCCUCUGUCCUCUUGCAGGAAACUCUGUUCAUGCAGAUAAGAAGUUUCUUGACAAAUAUAUGCCUCAGUUCAUGAGGCACGUUCAUUACAGGAUAAUUGAUGUGAGCACUGUCAAAGAACUUUGCAGGCGCUGGUAUCCAGAAGAAUUUGAAUUUGCACCAAAGAAGGUGGCUUCUCACAGAGCACUCGAUGACAUCAGGGAAAGCAUCAAAGAACUUCAGUUCUACAGAAAUAGCAUCUUCAAGAGGAAAACAGAUGAAAAGAAAAGAAAAUUAAUAGAAAAUGGAGAAAGUGAUAAAACUGUGAGCUGAUCUUCCAUCUCACAAUGCCAUCCCAUAGUACCCACUGGAUGUAUCUCCUGUUGUUUUUCUGUUCACCAGUGUUUAAGGAAGAGGCUUCUUUCAGUUUCCUUGUUUCUUAACCAUUAGGAAAGCAGCAGUAAUUCAGACUUCUGUCUGCUUUAACAUGUUUGAGCUGUGAAUUUGCCAUUUAAGUCUCAGCAGCUCCUUUGUUUUAUGUACCAGAUCACUUUUGCUCUUUGAUACAUCUCUUCAUUUACUUCUAGAUGCACUCUUUUGUUACAAAAUAAAACCAGUCCUGCUGAAAGAUUUUUUUUUUUUUUUUUUUACACCUUCUCUUUUCUUUUGCAGCAGCCUUGGUUAUAAGACUUUGUAUAUAAUGUUCAUCUAAAAGAUGAACCAGCCUCCCUCAGAUUUUCAAAAUAAAAUGUUAUGGGAAAUAUAUUGCAUCCUACAGCGGUCAUAUAUGUGUGUACUUAACAAGAAUUCCUCUGUAAAAUACACAGUGCCAUUUGAAGACAGACUGAACAUGUGCAUCACUUAAUGUAGCCUGAUGAGCAGUGGCCUUCUAUGCUUGUGGUGUCAAAGGUACGAUCAGCUUAUCUCU